CAUACGGACAAAACCGGAAAAACCUGGAAGCUUCCGCAGGCUUCCCCAGUAAUCGCCAUUUUUGGGGUUUUAAAGAGCCUUUACUCUCAAUUUGAUUUCUCUUCCGUCCCCAACCUGCCUAUCGAGUCUCAAGCAAAUUGUUUAAGGGGUGAGUCAUGGCGAAUGGGUUAGGGGAAUCGAUGAGCACGUCUUCUCAAAGGCCAGCUUGCUCAGGGAGUGAUUCGAAUGAUGCUGGGGAUUUUGAAUGCAAUAUUUGUUUCGAUUUAGCCCAAGACCCAGUUAUCACUCUGUGUGGUCAUCUAUUCUGUUGGCCAUGUCUCUAUCAAUGGCUCCACCAUCACUCGCAUUCUCAAGAAUGUCCGGUUUGUAAGGCUCUUGUACAGGAAGAUAAGCUGGUUCCAUUAUAUGGGAGGGGUAAAACAUCGACUGAUCCCAGAACAAAGUCUUACCCUGGAAUGGAGAUUCCCCGUCGGCCUGCAGGGCAGAGGCCUGAAGAAACUCCUACAGCACAAGCCACUCCUCCACCACAAGCCAAUCCGUUUGGAAAUUAUCGCGUUGGAUUGAUGGGAGGAUUCAUACCCAUGGCAACUGGAAGGAUGGGAAAUUUCACCCUUUCUACGGCCUUUGGUGGUUUUAUCCCAUCUCUUCUUAAUAUUCAAUUCCAUGGCUUUCAAGAUGCCACGGUUUAUGGAACAACUUCUGGUUAUCCGUUUGGAUAUAAUGCCUUUCAUGGAGGACACGCACGUGAUUUCACCCGCCCAACUGGUCAGGGGAACCGGCAUGAAGACAAUGUUUUGAAGAAUCUCUUUUUGUUGAUUGGUGUGCUAGUCCUCCUUACUUUAAUUUUCGGGUGAUAAAACCAUCUUGCCUUUGAGCUCAGGAAUGUCUUGUUGAAGUUCAUUAUCAUGCUUGUAAAUACCUAAGAGGUCAUCUUCGCUCUUCAGAUUUUUGCCAGUUCAGCUUUCUACAACUGUAUUAUCAAUUGCUGCACUGAGCUUGCGUGCUUCUUGUAAUUGUUCCCUCAUAGUUCGCUGACUUACCUA